CCCUUCCAGGCUGCGGCUGGACCUUCACUGUGGCCUGGAAGGACCGGAUUCCCGCUGCAGCCUGCCUGGGACAGGGUGUGCGGGGUGGGAGGCGUGGCUAGCUCUGGCCUUGCCUCCUGCCGCGCGCGCCUUGGCCAAGCUGCCCACGCAGCGUAGGAGGCGGGGCCAGGUCUGGCCACGCCUCCCGCGCUGCCCCACGCUGUGGGGGCGGGGUCAUGGCACCCGCGCGUGGUGUGGGAGGCGGGGCCAGAUCUGACCACGCCUCCCGCGGCGCGGUGGGGGGGGGCGCAAAAUUUUUUUUGCGUACCCCUGAAGAUUCCCUUGGGCCGGUCCUGUGGAGGACAAAAGCAUUCUGAAAACCUCUGCUUUAGAAUAUUCCUCUUUAGAGCUUCUGAAAUGCUCAGAAAAGAGAUCAACUGUGAGGCAGUCCAAGCCUGGAUGAGUGGAUUGCGUGCUGGAGAACCUUUCUGGAGACCGGCCCCGCCUCCCUCAGCGCACGCCCGCUGCAGCUUGGCUGGGACAGGGUGCCCGCCGCGGGAGGCGUUUCCAGCCCCGCUUCCCGCGGCGGGCACCCUCUCCCAACCAGACUGUGGCGGGAGUCCAGUCCUUCCAGGCCGCGGCUGGACCUUCACCGUGGCCUGGAAGGACCGGAUUCCCGCUGCUGCCUGCCUGGGACAGGGUGUGCGGGGGUGGGAGGCGUGGCUAGCUCUGGCCUUGCCUCCUGCCGCGCGCGCCUUGGCCAAGCUGCCCACGCUGUGGGGGGCGGGGUCAGGGCGCCCGCACGCAGUGUAGGAGGCGGGGCCAGGUCUGGCCACGCCUCCCGCGCUGCCCCACGCCGUGGGGGCGGGGUCAGGGCACCCGCGCGUGGUGUGGGAGGCGGGGCCAGAUCUGACCACGCCUCCCACGGCGCGGUGGGGGGGGCGCAAAAUUUUUUUUGCGUACCCCUGAAGAUUCCCUUGGGCCGGUCCUGUGGAGGACAAAAGCAUUCUGAAAACCUCUGCUUUAGAAUAUUCCUCUUUAGAGCUUAUGAAAUGCUCAGAAAAGAAAUCAACUGUGAGGCAGUCCAAGCCUGGAUGAGUGGAUUGCGUGCUGGAGAACCUUUCUGGAGACCAUGCAAAAUCAUACUGAGUCAGCACCAAAAUGCCUCUGAUAUAAGAUAGGAUCGACGACUUCGGCUGGCGUUUGCCUUGAGAACAAGCCAACAGAUGCAUACGUUCCCACUCGGAAAAACAGGCCGGAUAGGAAAGGACCUGAGAACUUCUACUGUCUUGCACAGAGACCGAGGCGGGCGGUGGGGAGGAGGAGGCGCUGGCGGCGUGAGCGGCAGGAAGAGGAGCGCCCCCUCCUGGCCAAAGCGGGUCCAAAGGCGUUCGGCGGGCAACCCGCACACAGCUGGCUUCGCAUCGACGGCGGAGCGGAUAGAGGGAGGGACGCGAUGGAGGCGGAGGCGGCUUACCAAGCCCAGUCCUCGACCCGGCUGCCGGUGCCUCCGAUCGCCGCCGAGAAGAAGAACAUAAUGCUGACAGCUGUUAAAGAAUUCAGCCCAAGACAUGAACAAAGGACAUAGCAAGUCUUUCCUGCAACUUUCUGAGAACAUUUGCCUUCUCAGAUCCCACUAAGUCGCUGUGCUGUCCCUCUUGCACCAAAUGACUGAAAAUCAGAUGGGAUCCUAACACAGGCAUCCUCACAUGGGCCUCACUGUAACCAGUAUUGGGGAAGUGUGACCAAGCCAUGGGGAGUAUCUACCAGUUCUACUUCGACACGUCGAAGAUCUUAGAGCACUACAACUACACCAAGGAUAAGCUGGAGAAUGACGGGUCCCCUUCCCUCCCUACCACCACUGUCGCCAUUAUUGCACUUUGCUGCUUCAUCAUCUUGGAGAACCUGCUGGUGCUUAUCUCUGUUUGGAGGAACAAGAAGUUUCACUCGGCAAUGUUCAUCUUCAUUGGCAACCUGGCCUUUUCGGACCUGCUGGCUGGCUCGGCCUUCAUUGCCAACGUUGUCCUUUCAGGCCCAGCCACUUUCCGCCUCACCCCAGUCCAGUGGUUUGUGCGGGAGGGCACUGCCUUUGCCACACUGGCUGCCUCAGUCUUCAGCUUGUUGGCCAUUGCCAUAGAACGACAUGUGGCUAUCACCAAGAUGAAGGUCUAUAGCAGUGACAAGAAUUGCCGGAUGGUGUUCCUGAUUGGGGCCUGUUGGGUCAUUUCAGCUGCCAUUGGUGGGCUACCCAUUCUUGGUUGGAACUGCAUGGCUGACCUGGACAAAUGCUCCACUGUCCUCCCUCUUUACUCCAAACAGUACAUCCUCUUUGUGGUCUUGAUCUUCACCAUCAUCCUCUUCUCCAUUGUGAUCCUCUAUGUCCGGAUCUACCGCAUUGUUCGCUCCAGCCAUGCUGAGAUGGCCGGCUCCCAAACAGUGUCCUUGCUCAGGACAGUCACCUUUGUCCUGGGAGCUUUCAUCAUCUGCUGGCUGCCAGCCUUCAUCAUUCUCCUGGUGGAUGCCUCUUGUGCCAGGAAAUCAUGCCCCAUCCUUUACAAGGCGAAAUACUUCUUUGCCUUCGCUACCCUCAAUUCAGCCAUCAAUCCGCUCAUCUACACCCUCCGCAGCAAGGACAUGAGGAAGGAGUUCCUGCGAGUGCUCUGCUGCUGGGGGAUGAUGGGGCAGGGGAAGCCCUCAGAGCGUUGCAUGAUCCCUCUCCGCAGCUCCAGCUCCUUGGACCGCUGCACACAAAAACAGGACCUCCCCACUGCACCUUUCAUGAAGGAGCAUUCCACCUUUGUGUGAAAAGACACAAGGGAGAGGACUACAUAACAGGAAGAAGGAAAGCAGUUGGGUGAGAUAGACCCCAAAGAAGGCGGUACAAAGGCAAUGUGGUACAAGGUGUGAAAAGAACAUCUUGGUUAUCAGAUGCACCAAGUGUAGACUGAAAUGGAGAUGUCCAUGUGUUCACUAGACCUGUACAGUAUUAUAACUUUCUGUUUGAUGAGAGAGAGGUGGGAGGGAGAGAGAGAGAGCGGAAGGAGUGACUGAGUGACUGACUAGUGGGCUGACUGACUUGAAGUGUGGGGACUGGGUAGCUGCAAAUGGUACAAUUUCUCUGUUCUAGCAGGGGCCUUGCCACUCUGAACAUCCACAUUUCUGUCUGUCCAAUAGCUGAGGGUCAAACUAGACCUUAAGUAGGAUGGGCAUUCCCUCUUAAGGAAACCUUUUCUCUUCUGUGUUGGGAUUUCCUCAGAGAUAAUGUGUUUUGGCCAUCAGACCUAUCAAUUCAACUUAGUUUUAUCUUUCAGUAAUCAAUCAUCCACAAAGCAAAGCUCAAUAAAUGAAAGGUAUGCAUGUUAUCAUCUAGUUUGGCCCUCAGAAACAUGCUUUCAUCUUUUCUGUCUUCCAAAAACAUUCCUUUCGUCUUUCCUAAGAAGCAGUAACCAGUUACUGUCUUCUUUUCCUGGUUCUGAUUUGCCCAUAGCUGAUUCUUAAGUGCAUUUGGUGGAGAAGGGAUGUUCUUGAAAAUGAAGACUGACACAACCUUUUUAAGCAACAGGGGCAGUUUGUUAGCUCCAGUGCUGCAUGCAGCUCAAAGAUGCAAAUGUGAACGUUCACUAUAUUUGUUUCCUGCUCUGGGCUCAUUCAAACUGGUUUUUCAGGUUUUCUGCACAUUUCAAUUACAGCAAGAGGAAAAAGAUCAGGCCAAUUGUUCCUUUUAUAAAGGAGAGGCAAGUCAUAGUCCUACAUGGCCAAGAGUGGCUGCUUGGAGAAGGCAAAUUUGGGGUCAUGGGAGAGAGAUCACGGGCUUCAGUGGGACUAAAGAGUCCUGAAAGUACCAUAAAACUUUAGUAACUGUUGUGACCUUGUGCAGGCUUGCUGAUGUCACAUUGAUGGGAGGUACACUAAUAGUGAUCUUGCUCUGGCCACUGUGUUGUGGGUGACUUAUGAAUGACCCCCCCCCCCCAAGCACCUAUAUAUAUAUAUUUUGUUUCCCUCCUUCAAAGAAUUAAGCACCAAAACAUGUUUUACAAGAAGUCUGCCACUUGUUUGGAAGCGUGACUGCACUUAAGUUGUUGUUGGGCAUGUUGUCCUGCUGCGCAUUGCUGCCUAGAGGAACAACUGUGGAUCCAGGAGGGAGGUAGAUGGCGUUGAAUAAUACAAACAUUGGAUGAGUGAAGGUUGGAUAAGCAAGACUCUAUGUACUUCUGAGGGGAGAAAAUGAAAACCCCAUCUUAGCAUUCAUUGCCUAAGAAAACCUUAUGAAAUUAAUGGGGUUGCCUUAAAUCAACUGGAGAUUUGAAGGCAUGUACACAGAGGCAAAGGAAGGGGUAGUCAGUUUCCCAUGGAUUGGGCCACAUAGACCCCUUCAACCCAUCCAUGGCUUUAUGUUGCUGCAGGCAACAUGUGCUGUGAGUUGGAGUCCAAACUAAGUUUUUUCCAGGUUAGACAAUAUGGAUCCAAAGUUCCUGCUGUCUCCUUGCUAAGAUCUUGCAUAAUGGAGCUCAGGAGCAUAGGAAGCUGCCUUAUGCCAAAGCAUGUCUUGACUGGCAGUUAUGGCCCUUCAGUGUUGCAGGUAGAAUUGUCUUUGGUUGCCUCCCAUCUAAGUACUAAUCCGAUCAGAUUCUGGUUACUUUCAAAAUUAGGUGAAUUGUGAUUACAUUCAAACUGCCAUGGCUGCAUCCUGUAGCACCCUGCUGGUAUUUGUUGUCUGGUGAGGGAGACGACAAACUGGAAAUCCCUAGGAUGAAGCUUGGCAGAUAUGAGGCUUUGUACUAUAAUGGUGUAGUAUGGAAGGCUGAUGAAGCAUGCCAUGGUGGCAUUCUGGGAGAUUUCUGUGUUCAGUAUUCUGGAAAACCUGAUAUCUCUUUACACUAGGUUUUGAAGAUUAGUGGCUAUAUGAACUAGAGAGAAAUUUGGCCCAUGAAGCAUUUUCAAUCCAGAGGCAAAAAGGGGAGAAACAUGGUGAAAUUGGGAAUAGGACUAGUUGGCGAUUCACUUUGGACAUGGCACUUUCCAGCUCCUUCCGAAGUGCUGACCCCAAAACACUGACUGGUGCAUAGGAGGGUAAAUACAGGACAGGAAACCUGUCUGGUGCUGUCUUUGGCAGCUAGUGAUGCCUAUGUAGGCAGCACUGAUUAAAGAGGGGUCCUGUAAACAGGCAAGAACCAGUGUAGUGUUGUGGUUUGAGCAUUGCGCUAGAACUGUGGAGACCAAGGUGCAUAUCCCGCUCUGCCAUUCUCUCAGCCUCAGAAAAAGGCAAGGGCAACCCCCCUCUGAACAAAUCUUGCCAAGAAAAACCUGUGAUGGAAUUGUCUUGAAAUUUCCAUAAUUCAGAAACUACCCAAUGUACUCACCUAUAAGUCUUGAAUUUUUAGUUUAAAAAUCAACCCAAAAAGCAGGGUUGUCUUAUCCACAUGUCAAAGUGAGUACUGAAUGUUAACUCUUAUAAAACAAGGAACCAUCCCUUCUCUGAGUUAGUGUAGCGUGGUGAAAAAAUGUGCUUAUUCUAUUCUGGGAGAAGCACUGAGUUCCUCUACUCUCUCUGCCAUGGUGCCAUUUCUGGCCUUUUUGAAUGCCUAGGUGAGGAAAUGUGAGUGACGUCCUUGGCCCUCUUCAUGGAAUGACCCUCGACUUUUCCAUGGGUCAUAUCAAAAUUUUAAUUUUUAGUCCCAAUUUUAUACAUGGGGUUGACUUAUACAUGAGUAUAUAUGGCAGUUGAAGGCAAACAAUAGCAACCUAUAAACAGGCCUUCUGUGCAGCCUACACUCCAAGAAGUUAGUUUGGAAUCUACACUCAAGUGGCCUCACUUUUAGUAUGCGCUUCAUGUGUCCAACCAGUAGUAAUCCUCUGACUUCCCUUCAGUUUAAAAACAACUGAAGCAUAGUAGUGUGUCUGUAAAGAUGUGCUAUAGUUUUAAAAAUUGAGAAUGUUGCUAAGGGGGAAAGAUGGGAAUGAUUGGGAAAGAGCCAGGGGUGGGUGGGUAUCCUACCAGCAUAACUGCUCCAGCUCUGGAAGCAUGAUUCAGCCAGCGUGAUGUGUAGGAACAUGCCAUUGAAAAGAAAAAGGAGGAUUUCUUCUUUCUUAAUUAAUGGGAAUUAAGAUGCAAGCGUGGUAAUUUGAUCCCUCCACAAGCAUGGGUGAUGCCGUCCAGGGCUAGAGAAAACAGGGAGUUGCUUCACAUAAUCCAUCAUCCCCCUGCUCUCCUGCCCUAUAUUACAGUGUUCCAUAUGAAGAAGACCUUACUAAAGGUUGCUGUGGCCCUAAUCACUUUCCCUGGGAUUAGGGAUACAAGGCUCCUGCAGAAGUGCAUGCGAUUUUCCUGCUUCUUGGCAAGGGGUUGGACUGGAUGGCUCACGAGGUCUCUUCCAACUCUAUGAUUUUAUUAUUCUAAAUAGGGAAAUUGUGAAUAAAAAGACCCACUUUUCACCUGAAAUGACACCUCUCUGAGGAUCUUAGUUCCUUCAGCAUGGCUCUAUCUUUAGCAUCCAUUGGACAUUGACUGUAAAGUUGUGCUGGAUGACCUAGAGAUUGAUGAGGCUGUCAGAAAGAAAAUCAUAAAAAGUACCACUGUUGAUAUAAGACACUAUUGUGUGUUAACAAGUAACGCACCGUGCGAAAUAUCCAUCAUAAGAGUAGGUGCCCAAUCUAUCCACAGAUGAAUUUGAACCAGGGAUAUUUGAGUCCAAGAGCAUUUGCAUCAGAAUAACAAAAAAAGUUGAGUAGGCCUUCUUUUAUUUGCACUGUGUGGCCUCCCUAUCUACCAACUCAAUAUCCAGAGUUUCAUUUACCCAUGCUCCAAAACAAUCUAUCCUCCCCACCCACAAGAAUGUUUGUGGGCUUCUAUAGGUUCUCCAGUGUAAUUCUACAGUAUGCUUCCAACUCAAUAUAUCAACAAAUAGGGUUGGGCGGACUCUUGAAAAAUAGCCCCCCAUGAAUUGUCAAAGAGCAUUCCUGUGCAUAGACAGCAGCUAUUUCAUAUCUCCUUACAUCAGUGGUUCCCAACCUUUGGGCCUCCAGGUGUUUUGGACUUCAGCUCCCACACUUCCUAACAGCUGGUAAGCUGGCUGGGAUUUCUGGGAGUUGAAGUCGAAAACACCUGGAGGCCCAGAAGUUGGGAACCUCUGCCUUACAUGCGCCAGGUUCCAGAAGGGCUCUGAAUAGGACCUUUCCUACUGUUUCAGAUCUUUGAAUACUGAAGGGAGCAAACAUCUAGUAUGUGAUAAAGUUUGGCUAUAAGGAGCAGUGCAUGGAAUGGGAAAUAUUUGACCUAGAUAUUUUUGGCUCUGCUGACGAUUUCUCAGAGAUGAAGUCCAAAAUAUCUGGAAAAUCAAACAUAGGAAGAGAAAUGGCAAAGGAGUUCCCACCCACCCAUAGUUUCACACAAGCAGCUAAGGAGACCAGGAAGGGAAGAUUUAUGUGUGCAAGUAUGCUUUGAAUGAAGUCCUAUAAAUGUGUACUGUGUGUACAAGCAAAAUCCUGCACAUCCUGCAUUUAAUUCCAUGCAACUUUCUCAAAUAGGACCAGAGCCUUGGAAGUGUUUGACUUCAUGUAUUGUGUAGGUGAGUGUGGCGUUUGUCAUUCCAAUGAAGUGGCGUGUGUGUGUGUGCAAGCAAGAUGCAGAUGCAGUGUGCCAGUGUGAGUUAAGUGAAAUUCCCCGUAUAUAAGGUUUGCUGACUUCUUGUUUUGCCUGUCUGGCUUGACAUGGGCGUACAAUCAAAGCCGGUGAUGUGUACAUUUUGGUUGGUGACUGGGCCUGGUUGCAUAUUUUGUGUGGAUGCACAAAGAACACUGCCUUCCCCCCGCAACAAUGGGACAUGGUAGUCACAUUUUCGCACACAUGCUGUGAUGCCAUGAUAUAUAAUCCUUGUAGCUCUCACUUCAGUAUGUCUGGAUUUUGUAUUGCUUAUACUCUUUUCCUCUGUGAAGAGAAACUGCUUUGAAGGGUGGAUUGAAAAUAGGCAAUAGGUUUCAUUUUUAAUUCAAGUUUAAUAAAAAAAAUCAAAAGGAGCUUUCAGUGGAAUAGUCAGGAAGUAUUGUUGCUCAUUUUGUAUAUAUUUAUACAGUUGGUCCUCCACAUUUGUGGGUUUCACUUUAUCAGAUUUGACUCAUAUUUUCUCACUAAGAAUCUCUAGGUCGUUCAGCAAGACUCGAUGGCAAACUCUGUCCAUAGAGUUGCACCCAAUGACCUAAAAGCCUCAUUCUCUGGAGACUCUUAGAGGCUGGAUGGCGAUCUGUCAGAGGUGCUUUGAUUGUGUUUUUCCUGGAUGGCACAUAUGAUCUCUUCACAUUCUAUGAUUUCUCUAGACAUUUGGAAGUCCUCCAAAGUUGUUCUGUGGUCAGCUUCUGGCCGAAAUUAACCACAGAGUGGCACUAGAGUACCUAGAAUUUCUUAGGUGUUCUCUCAGGCAAAUAUUUUUUUCAUUUGUGGUUUUUCUAUGGUUGUGGGGGUGAUAUGCCCCUAGCCCCAGUUAAUGUGGAGGGCUGACUUUAUCUGCUUUCAGAUAUUUUUUUGGGGGGGGGGGGGUGUGUUAUAUUUAAUUAGAGACAACUCUAUCACACCACUUCCACAUAUGCUCCAAUAACAACAUCUGCUGUGUCCCAUCAUUUCGUCCACAUUAUGAGUAGGAUGACAUUUGGGGACAGGCCUUCUGUUCUGUGACUGUGUAGGGUUUUGAAGUAUGAGAAAUAGGAAGGUGACCUGUGAGUACCAACUGUGAGCCCAUGGCAUACCCUUAAAAAAGAUUGCUUACUCCACUACCACUUGCCAGUAUCAAAGCAAAAUGUUAUCAAGAGUACAUUUGUAAAUGGAAAACAAACUUGGUGAUGUAUUAGUCUGUUCUUUGCCGCUGGAAAUCAUGGAGGGAGUUUGGAGACAGUGAUAGUAUGAGGGGUGGGAAGAAGAUCAAUAAAAGCGCUCAUCACUGUCACCAUAUUGUAUCCCUCCCUCCCCUCCCUCCCCCUUUCUGUCUCCAACUCCCCCACCCAUCCAUUGCACAAAACAAAUGGUAUGAUGUUAUGAUGUUAGGACAUUCAUCCCUGCUAUAUUUAACCCAGCAGAAUUUUGCCUGUGGAAACACUAAUUUUUGAGGCUUUUUUCAAAAGUGUAAUUCUCCCCUUGAAUUGAGAUUUGUAUGUAUUAAAAUGUUCACUUCUAAA